AUGUACAUAUGUACUUUAAAAUCUCCACAAGAACUUACGAUCGCUGUGCUAUUGGCAAUAUGUGACUUCAACAUGAUGUUUACGUUUGUUGUAGCCGGUUGGGAAGGGAUAGCACACGAUUCUAGAAUUUUAUCAGAAGCAUUAGCAAAUCCACAUGCACCAUUCCCGCUUCCACCACCAGAUAAAUAUUAUCUUUGUGAUGCUGCUUAUGCAAACAUUCGAGGUUUUAUGGCACCGUACCGUAAUGUGAGGUAUUGGCUUGGAGAUUUCCGUCGAAGACGUGCAUUAACCAAUAAAGAAAAAUUUAACCAUGCGCACGCAAAACUUCGGAAUGUCGUUGAGCGUGCUUUUGGUGUUUUGAAAGCACGAUUCCCUAUAUUGAAGAGGAUGACACCAUUCUCAUUGGUUACACAACGAAACAUUACCCUAGCAUGCUUUGCGCUUCAUAAUUUUAUAAGAGAGGGACUACGUGAUGAGUUUUUUGCACGAUAUGACGAACCAAAUGUCUCGGGUUCGGAAUAA